AGCUUUCCAAAGGCUACCCACAAAUGAAGUCUCGUGCUUGAAUAGUAUAGAAAAUGAAGCUACAGUUUGCACUUGUAGCAGUGUUGGUGGUUCAGACUGCAAGUGUUGAUGUCUUCCAUCUGCUCGCCCAGCCUGCCAGCGUGACUGUGGAGGUUGGAAAACCGUUCAACCUAACAUGUGUUGCCCCAAACGGAGAGAACACGUUCCAGUGGUUCCAUGAGGAGUCCAUACCUAAUGGGGUGAUGGCUACCCCCUACACUGGAGCUGGUAACGGUUUAUCAGCUGUUCUCUCAAUUCCAGCAGCUGAACAAGCUGACGGGGGUUUUUAUCAGUGCAGAGUUACGUCCGGAGAUAACAUCAUUUACAGUGAUGUAGCCACUGUCUCUCUUCACUAUUUCUCAACGAUAACAGCUCAAGUGAAAGCAGUGUCAGUAAACUCAGCAGCAGGAGCUGUCAGGACCACACUACCCUGUAAUAUUCCGUCUAGUGUCAGUUCUCCUGCAGCCAAAGUACAUUGGUACAAAGACAACAUAUUGGUGGAGAAGAUAAACGCGUUUGUUGUUCACGCCAACACCUUACUCAAAGUGGAAUCUCUUCCCAGCAUUUCCAUCACUGACAACUCACUGGUCCUGUUCAACAUAAAGAAGGAAAUGGCCGGACAGUACAGGUGUGAGGCUGAGGUGACUAGUGAUCACAUAUCUGUGAAGAAACAAACUGUGAUGACCUACAAUCUCACUGUCUCUAAAGAGUUCGGAGAUGUUAACUACAGUUCCACCACCCUGCUUGUUAACGGAGGUUCAGUAACAGCUGGAGAGACUGUUACACUGUGUUGCGGUACUGUCGGGUAUCUUAACGGUGAGGUACCCACCUACACAUGGUUCACAUCCAGUGAAGGAGGAGGAUCAGUGCAAAUAACAACAGGGUUAAGUGACUUUGGGAGGACUCUAGCGGUCACCACGACCAGCUCUCAAUCUUACUCUUGUAGAUCCUGCUUGGGUGAUUCCUGUCAGAGCAGCGCUGUUACUGCUAGUGUUACACCAGCUGCUACUAAGAUAAAGUUCACUGCUGUUCCAGCAGACUACUACCUUCACGAGGAUGGAGUGACACAGGGAGCUAUAUCUCUUACUUGCACUACUAAUCUAGGAGAGGGUAACUGGAUCAAGAAUGGUGUUUCUGUCUCAUUCCCUAUAGACCAGCCCAACCCAGCUAAUUCUGGAAUAUACCAGUGUUAUGUGAAAAACAGUGACUCCUGGCUCAUGAAGUCUACUCAAGUCCUCGUUACUGAAAAGUUGUCAGUGUCAGCGACGGCCCCAAGUGAGCUGAACACUACUACUAAAGGAUCUGUUUCUUGUACAGUGGGUGGCUACCCAGCUCCUGAGGUAACCAUCUUCAAAACAGAUCUCAACAAGGACGACACAAACAUGGUAGCGUGUGCAGUAGACAAGGCAGAUAAAACAAAUUGUAUUGAACGCAGUGGAAACUCUUACUCGGUUGAAAUUGAUCACAGUGAUCUUGAGUCGUCGGGGACAUACACGUGUAAAGUUCACCACAAGUACAGGCUAUCAGAUGGGUCAGCUGUUGAGAAAGCUGACGAGAAGUCUGCUCCUGUUGCUAUAGUGUCCCCAGUGGAUGUGUACUCCUUAACCACCACAACUGGAGAGUUACAGUACGGAAGUGAAGCUACCUUUACCUGUAGUGUUAGGGGAGGCAGAGCUCCUUACAAAGUUGAGAUGAAGUUUGGUAGUACUUUGGUAUACGUGUUCAGCAACAAUGACAAUGAGCAGAGUCAGGGGGAUGGAAAGUGUGUGGGAGAUUACGUGAAGACUUGCUUCGGUAAAGUUUCCAGCGUAAACUACAAUCACGAGGGAGAACUGAGCUGUACAGGUUACAACGUGGCGGGUAACUUGACUACAUUCUCAGAUUCAGAGAGCCUCACAACCACUGUCUCCCGGUCUACCUUUGUGCAAGUAUCUGGAGAUUUCUUCCCCCUCAAUAACGCUGACUUGAUCCUGACUUGUACCCAUUAUGAGAGGCCACUUUCUUUCGACCACACUGAUGUCACUUGGUAUCAGGAUGGUAAAAGUAUCGUGCCUGAUAGCACUGUGUUUUCUGUAAAGAAUGGUCUCGGAGUUUAUCAAGGUAAAGUAGUAGCGGUAUUCAAAGAUGUAACAGCAACAACUGAAGGCUUAUACAAAUGCAUCAGUGAGGGUGUGGAGUCUGCUGAAGUCAAUGUUUAUGUUGGAGAAGGGUUCGCUCCCUCAUCCCCCCUGAUGACGGUCCCAGACGGCCAGGUUGGGGUCCCAAUGGAUAUGAUGUGUGUUUCAGAGGGCUACCCUCCACCUACUAUUGAGUGGAUUAUUUACACUAAUCAGACGGUCGGGAAUGUUACUGAAGUUGUGAAGGAGAAAACCAAAACUACUUCCAAAAUAAACUGGAUACCAAAGUAUGAGGCAUCCAUGAAGAUCUUUUGUAAAGCUACAAACGUGAACGGAACAACAACAUCAAACACUGUCCUGAGGGUUCUAAUGGCUGCGGCAGUGAAAGGCAAGAAAGAUUCAGAACAGGCAGCUAUCAUAGCUGCUAGUGUGAUUGGAGGUAUAAUCUUGCUGAUGUGUAUCUUCUUCCUGGUGGUGGGCAUCUGCAAACAUAGAAGAGCCACUAAACACGAUCAAUCAGCUGACAGCACUGUUAUUGAAAACAAAGACGCUGCGGCAGAUAAGGAGAACCCUUAUGCGUCUGUAUUUACUCUACAGAAGUAUAACUUUAAAGGUAAUCUGAAACUGAAAAAUCCCUUUACUCUUCCUCGGUCUGAACCAGAACAGGAAGAUAAGCCGGACAAGUCACAGUACGCAGAAAUAAUUGGCGAGGUUAAGAACAAGGAAAACAUUGAUCAGGACCUUGACUACGACGAAAAAAGAAGUUCUGACGAAAUUAUCAUAAAUCCUACCAUUGUGGGUCCAGCUUCAGAGAAGACUAUUUCCGUUAGUUCCAGUGGCACCGGGUCCCUGGUCGAAAGUAAACACGACGAUGACAAAGUGUAGAAUUGUAUAUUUCGAUUAAAAUGGUUUCCAGUUCGCUGGUUGUAUCGACUUAUAGCCGAUGCUGAAGUGAUGUUAUAUAUUUAACCCUACUCCUUUACAAAUAUUGUUUAUAAAUUGGUGGACUUUCAUGGAUGAUAGAUAUUUAGUUAAAAACGUGCGUCAAAUUUUUUAGUUUAGCGUUUAUCUGGUGGUAUAAUUAGGAAGUAUACAAAUUUAGAUUAUUAGGCAAAACAAUUAUAAACUGAAAGUAGAAAUAUUUUUUACUUUUAGUUGGGUUAGUGAUGGGAUUAGUGAUUUGUAAUUUCAGAAUAUUUUUAUAAAACGUUUGUAAUUGAGU